UAAAAAAUUUAAGCGCUGCCUUACUAAGGCACUAUCCAGAGGGAUUGUUCUAGGGGCUAUAAUAAAAAUUAGGUCACCUAGCCAGCUCGCAGCCGUUGAUUAGACAUGGCUAUCUACGCAUGCGUAAGACAGCGAAACCCGGAUCUUUUGGUUAAGUGUAGAGUUACUACCCUCCUUGUACAAUCCUUCCGGCGGCAACUUCGGAAUGAAAACGACCAUUUGUCUCUAUAGUCUCGUUUCCUUUCUGUUUCUCUAUGCAUACCAUUGCAACGGCAAGCCGUCGUCAUUCGACUUCUUUCUGCUUGCUCAACAAUGGCCACCAGUCAUUUGCACGGCGAAUCCUGACUACAGGUGCAGAGUGCCUCCAAGUUGGAAUUCGAAUGCAAGAUGGACUAUACACGGUUUAUGGCCUGCAGUUUAUAAUGUGCGAGGUCCAAGUUACUGCAAUGACUCCUACAAAUUAAACGUGAAUUCAUUACAGGAUUUGCUGCCCAAACUAAAGUAUUAUUGGCCAAAUGUGUUUCGUGGCAACACUGACGUCAAUUUCUGGAGUCAUGAAUGGAGGAAACAUGGAACUUGUGCAAUGUCAGUGGAUUUUUUGAAUGACGAGCAUGAUUAUUUUAAAGAGGCCUUAAAAAUUCGCAAAAGUUUAGAUAUUUACAAUACUCUUGUCAAUGCAGGAAUUGUUCCAUCAGAGACCCAUACAUAUGACGUAGACAAGAUUAGUUUUGCCAUUACUGCUGCUUAUCGUGUUAAACCAAUGCUUUUGUGUGGAUCUAACAAGUCAAUUGGGCAGUUUUUGUCAGCGAUCCACUUGUGUAUGGACAAAACUCUCAAGCUUAUUGACUGUGGCAGCUUUGUCUAUGUAUCCUCUCCUUGUCAAAAGGGAAAGUCAGUGAAGUACAUAACAUCUUUCUGAUAUACUCUUUUGAUGUGUGUGCUACGGAUGCAUUGAACUGCUUUUGUUUCGAUGUAAAAUGUGAUGUACCCAUACGUGUUAGUUCUUGUUUGUAGUAUGCUCAUUCUGACAGCAGUCUUCCUUGUCAGCAGUUAUGAACUCAAUAUUACAAAUGCAAGUUGUAACUCAAAACUAAACU